GAAAGAGCUAAAGAUAAAGAGUGAAGACUAACGUUAAAGAGAUUGGUCUUUCAGGCAUUUCAGCUCAUUUUUAGCCCGGAUUGACACCAUUUUGUAAGGAUGACUUCAAAAGCAAAGCCGAAUCCGAAGCAUCUUGUUCAAGGAGACCCUAUACCACCUCUAAAAAAGGGAGUUCCUCGUCUCUUCAGUUUCCGAUUCUGCCCUUUCGCUCAUAGAUCUCGACUUGUGCUUGCAGCCAAGAAUGUAGACUAUGAACUGGUCAACAUAAGUCUCUCCAAGAAACCAGAAUGGUACAAGACAAAGAAUCCUUUUGGGACUACUCCAUGCUUUGAACAUGAUGAGAAGAUAGUGAGAGAUUCUUCCAUUGUCUGUGAGUAUGUGAAUGAUGCGUAUCCUGGUGUCAACCUAUGGCCUGAGGAUCCGUACAGGAAGGCUCAGGAUAAGAUGCUCCUGGAUUACUUUGGAAGCAAGAUAAGUCCACCAUUCUUCAAGGCCACCUACCAUCCUCCCCCAUCCUCUACAGAAGACUUUCUAGCCGUCUAUCAGAAAGAACUCUAUGUUCUUGAAGAGGAGCUUAAGAAGAGAGGCUCUGCUUUCUUUUUUGGAGAGAAACCUGGACUGGUUGAUUUCAUUAUGUGGCCUUGGUUUGAAAGAUGGGCUGUCCUGGGAGAAGACUUUCAUAGAGAGAACUAUCCUACGCUGAUGGGAUACUGUGGUCGAAUGAAAGAAGAUCCAGCCGUGAUAGAAGCAGCUACACCUGAUGAGAUCUAUCAAAAUAACUUCAAGAAACAGAUGGAGGGAAAUCCCCAAGAUGACUACUAGAAACAGAUGGAGGGAAAUCCCCAAGAUGACUACUAGAAACAGAUGGAGGGAAAUCCCCAAGAUGACUACUAGAGACAGAUGGAGGGAAAUCCCCAAGAUGACUACUAGAGACAGAUGGAGGGAAAUCCCCAAGAUGACUACUAGAAACAGAUGGAGGGAAACCCCCAAGAUGACUACUAGAAACACCUGUCUAUCAGCAUGCUUUCUCAGGGUAAUAUAUCAGGGUAGAGUAGCAAGUUUAAUAGGCCAGAUCGUAAGUGGUUCUGAAUUGAUGGAUGGAAUAUUAGAAAACUAUGGUAGAAUAAUAGUUUGUUUUUCAAAACAUGCAUGGAUGUUCUACCAAAAGUACCUUGUGGUGAACCAGUGCACUGAUGUGUUAUGAGACAUUGAAAUGAAAUAGUAUAGACACAAGUAUGCUAAAUGUGUACAUUAGUUGUUCCAAUGUCAUUUGAUACCCAAGCUUCAGUC